GACGUAGCUGUUACGUACUGCGUUGUUUGUACCCUGGCUCAGAAGUUAGCUCACCGUAGCUAGUUUGCUAGCUAACUUCAUUUGUAAUACUUAGUUAAGGUCACAUAGUAUAGUUAUAUACUCUAUGAUUUGAAUACGCAAACUGUGUUUUUCAAGUACAAAAGCCGCCUUACGUUUCGAUUCAGUCGGUGUUUGUCGUUAGAGUCGCCGUUAGCCUCGGAGGCUAAUAGGAUCUACAAUGGAGGGCAGCGCCAGCGUGAGGAAAGCCCUGUCCGGGACUCUCGCCCCUGUAACUGCCUCAACAGUGGCACUCCUACAACAGCCAGAGAAUAACGACAAAGGGUAUCUCAAGAGAAAUGUCCUCGAUGAAGAAGAGUACAUUGAGAGUUUAGAGAAGAUCAUCCAGAGGGACUUCUUUCCAGAUGUGACUAAAUUACAAGCACAGAAGGACUAUCUUGACGCAGAGGAAAGUGGUGACCUAGAGAGAAUGAGAGAGAUAUCCAUCAGAUAUGGAUCAUCUUUGACAAAAUCUACACCCCGGUCUUCUGCACCCUAUGUGACACCAGCAAGCUUUGAGACGCCAGUCGGCCGCGCAGGGUCUCCGUCAUCCACACAUGGCAGUAAAGGUUUAGAUGGGGAGAGCAAGGAUGAUGACAAGGAAGAGAAAGAGCUGCCCUCUCUGGAUUGCUUCCUGGCUAAAAAUACCAGUGAGGAUAAUGCAUCUUUUGAGCAGAUCAUGGAUCUGGCAGAAGACAAGGAGAAGCUGAGGAAUGCCUGGUUAUAUGAAGCUGAGGCUGAAUACAAAGAGCGCCAUGAAAACAACCUUGCAUUGCCAUCAGUAGAGAAAGCAGCACUUGAAUGUGUCAAAGCAGGACUUGAAACAUGGGAGUACAAAGCGAAGAACGCCUUGAUGUAUUAUCCGGAGGGUGUCAAAGACGAUGAUGCUCUGUUUAAGAAGCCACGGGAGGUAGUUCACAAAAACACACGCUUCGUUGGAGACCCUUUCAGCAAAGCUCUCAACAAAAGUCAGAUUCAGCAGGCUGCAGCACUCAAUGCACAGUUCAAACAGGGUAAAGUAGGCCCCGAUGGGAAAGAGCUCAUCCCACAUGAAUCCCCAACAGUGAAUGGUUAUGGUUUUGAAAGUAUGCCAUCUCCUGCGCCUGGUGUGGCUGAGUCGCCUCUGAUGACCUGGGGUGAGAUUGAGAGCACCCCGUUUCGUCUGGAUGGGUCUGACACCCCAUAUGUUGAGAGGAAUCAUGGUCCAUCAUUUAAGAUUCCAGAACCAGGAAGACGAGAGAGGCUGGGUUUAAAGAUGGCCAAUGAAGCUGCAGCUAAAAACCGUGCAAAGAAACAGGAAGCUUUGCGGAAGGUCACAGAGAACCUUGCAAGUCUUACACCUAAAGGUCUGAGCCCUGCCCUCACCCCCGCUCUGCAGAGGCUCGUAAAUCGGACAUCUAGCAAAUACACAGACAAAGCACUACGAGCGAGUUACACCCCGUCGCCCUCACAUAGAGUCCCGACUCCCUUUGGUGGCCCAUCAACUCCCUCAGGAACGCCAACGCCAACCAAAACCAAGACGCCGAGCUCUCAGGACCUUACAUCACUCACAGACAAUCUGUUGCAACUUCCCAAGAGACGUAAAGCCUCAGACUUUUUCUAAGCACGAGAAGCUGUUUUUCUGCUGGGAUUGUACAAAACAGACAUAUUUACAAUGCGGAGAACUCGAUUAUGAACUGUCCAGACCCAGUUUUCUCAAAUUAAAGAGCACAUCUUUCAGCUGGAUGACUGGAUUACAGAAAUACACAGAGGACUGAACAUUUUUCAAGGAUUUAUUUGUUACAGUUUUGUGCCGAUGGGUAAAUGUAAAUCCCUGUGAAAUACAUCUUAUACAAAUUCUAUUUAAUUACUUGUUUAUCUUUUUUUUUUUUUUUUAUUCCAAAUGCAAGGUUUCAUAGAAUUUUGUACAGCUGUUUCCACUUUAACAUACUUUUUUCACCUAUACAGCAGCACAUGCCCAAAUUUUAUUACUACAAUUGUAAUUUGGUAGCUGAUUCUUAGAAUCACGCAUACAAAUGAGAUUUCAGCGCACAAUAUCCAAUAGCUGUCGCACAGCUCUAUACACAUGCUGCCAUGACAUAUCAGUGUUCUGAUCUGCAUUAUAGAAAUGACUCAAAAUGACAUUUUUGUUACCUUGCAACAAGCUGCCCCAAUGUCACUAUUAUGUUGGUGUUUAAAAUGUUGAAAAAUCACAAGACUCUUGUCUGAGAGCUCAGUAUAAAUGAUGAAUGUUUCUUUUGCCCUCUUCUUAAUUUAAAGUUGAAAAUGUUUACUGACAGAACUGGGCUCAGCGUCACAAAUCUGUACCAUUUUUCUUAAAAAUCUAUAAUAAAUAUGGACAUUUU